UGGGUUGUCUUUUAUGUAAUUUUUUAAUAAUGGUGUGAACGUCCGAUCCCAUAAUAUGGCAUAUGCUAAUAGUUCCAUUUUGAAAACGCCCACGGUACUCGAGCAACUGCUAGAAGAAAUUAAUUUUCAGAGGACGAAGGAAAUGCGACAACUUUUGAAAGAUGAAUCCGGGUUUGUGAUGCUUCAAGGAACUACCUACUGGACUGACUUGUUUGUGCGGCACUUUCUUUUCCAAAAUGAUUCGACCAUAGACUGCGACGAUCUCUUAUUUUUUGUUAGAAAAAAACACGUCAAAGGAUCUCCCAGAUAUUUGCCCAAAUUCGAGACGGAAGUGGACGUUUUCCGAAAGGACAGCAGGAAGUUGCCAAUCGGCGAUCCAGACAUCGACUGGGAAGAAACGGUAUACCUAAAUCUAAUCAUCCAUCAGUUCGAAUACACUCUAACCCUGGCCAUAUGUACGCGCACAAGUCCCAAGGAAUUACAAGUGCUCAAAAGGCACUCUCAGAAAGUUUACGCUUCCCCCAGUCGUAGGAGGAUGGACACGAAGGGAGAGGUGGAAGAAAUCACGUACCCCCACAUCUGCUUCAUGGUAGAUAACUUCGACGAGGUCUUCCACGACAUCUUGGUGCGAGAUGGCGAGAUGGUUUGCGUCGAGCUGCUGGCUGCGGAUAGGGCCGGAACUAUACAGGGAGUUAUAUUUUUAGGGUCCAUUAGAUACGACGCGCUGAAGAAGGUGUACGACGCAAGGCAAUCAAGUUUAAGUACAAAAAUGGCCCAAAGGAUGACCUUCGGCCUGUUCUCCAAUUCGUCCUCUCAGCGGUGUGAGUUCGUCCGCAUGAAGGGUCCCCAGGGCAAAGGUCACGCCGAGAUGGCCGUGACGAAGCCCAAGGGCUCUGGAGUCGAGACUCCAACUUCCGAGCCGGGCUUUUGCGCCACCGACAUGUGGGAUUCCGAUUGGGAGGAGGACCCCGAGGACUUCUACAUGUACCGGAGCCAGCGACGCCUCAGCGACCCCAGCGCGAACAUAAACAACUUCGUGAGGGGCGGAUGGAAGAGUAAACUAGACGUCAAGGCUAGGUCGGAGAGUGAAGGGCUUGACUGUAUAGACAACGGGGUUAGCGAGAUAGAAGCUGGCGAUCUUCGAGACGAUAAGUCUGGUACUGCUUCAACAUCCAAUUCAACGUGCUGUGGGUGUUUUCGAAGAAGAAAUAACGAGUCCGUGACUCUACUAGAAAUGUACGAAAUGAGGUGUUCCGACCCAAAGAGAUGCGCGCAAAGGGCUAGGUUGGGCCCCCCUGACAAUGACUGCUCUUACAAUGUCAAUAUCUCUAAGCUGCUUAACGAAUCCGAAGCAAACGUUAACGAGGAUAAAGAUCACGCGACAACCGAGAAAAACAUAAAAGAGUCGCAGCAAAAUGCUAAUUACACCGAGUGUGAGUUUGCAGACGACGCUAUUAACUUAGAAAGGAAAGGUGUUAGCGAGUGCAUCUCGAGUUGUUCGUUUAGUAGAACGGUUUAUAAUGAAGCAGCGAAAAACCCGUAUAUCACGGUUAACGGCAAGGAAGAACUGCCUUGCGUUCACGAAAUAAAGUACUAUUUAUCGGACAAUCUGGCACACAUUGAAAAAUUAUCCGAAACCGAGAUAUUGAGGAAUGAAUUUGUAAAUAAUAGGGAUAGGAUUAAACUGAGGAAAAAUAUCAAUGGCAAUUAUAACCAAGUAGAUGUUAAGAAUAUAUACAGUUACUGUACUCUACCUAAAAAUAAGAAAAAAGCAACUUGUCCGAAAUAUUGGUUGAGGCAUGUGAAUCCUCCAAAGCGGGUUACUCCGGAUGGGACACAUAUUUAUUAUUGGUGUGAUAUUCACAAAAAAAAUUUUGAACUAGACGACGGUGCCUACAACCCUCUGUGGACGAUGCGGGGGUUCACACAAACCUUCCAUUUCUGGAAAGAAAACAAACGAGCACAAUCAGUCCCUCUAAACGCGUUUUUGACCUACGUCACACUGCCUUGGUGGAGUAUUGCAAAAGACAUUCUGGAUCAUCGUGAAGGGCCCAUUCUAACGUUCUAGUGUAUAUUUAAACAUAUAUUUUCUAUAAGAAUAUACCAGGCGGAAAAUGGAAAAAAUACUUUUCAUUCUUUUCCUUGUUAGUUUUAAUUUAUAUAUUUAUUUAUAAUUGUUCCAUUAAUACUGUCAAAAUUGCUUUAAUAUAUUCUAUUGUUACUGAAAAUAGGUGAUGUCCAUUUAAUAAGAAAUUGUAUUCUUCUUCUAAUCGAUUUUUGACAUGUAAAUGUGACCAUUUUUUAACAAUCCAUUGUAACGACGACAAAUGAAUGUUAUUUUAUAAAAAUAAAUAUUG